CUGCCCCAAAGAGCUGUUCACAGUGUACCGUCUUCAGUAAUGAAUCCAGAAGAGCGAAUCGUGACAUGGCUUAUAUCUUUGGGAGUUUUAGAUUCCCCCAAAAAGACCAUCUGUGAUCCGGAGGAGUUUUUGAAGUCCUCGCUGAAGAAUGGGGUAGUGCUGUGCAAACUAAUCAACAGACUGGUGCCCGGCUCUGUGGAGAAGUAUUGCCUGGAGCCCCAGACUGAAGCUGAAUGCACCAACAACAUUAAUGACUUCCUGAAAGCAUGUGCAACCCUUCAAGUGGAGGUAUUUAAUCCUGAUGACCUUUAUUCAGGGGUCAAUUUCUCCAAGGUUCUGAGUACUCUUUUAGCUGUCAACAAAGCGACAGAAGAUCAGCUAUCAGAAAGACCAUGUGGACGUUCCUCUUCUCUUAGUGCUGCUAAUAGAUCUCAGACAAACCCACAGGGAGAAAUUUCUAGCGCUGCUCCAGGGCUGCAAAGGCAGUCAAAGGCAGUGGAGAUGACAGAAAAUGGAAGUCACCAGUUGAUAGUAAAAGCAAGAUUCAACUUUAAGCAGACUAAUGAAGACGAGCUGUCAGUCUGUAAAGGUGACAUCAUUUAUGUCACUCGAGUUGAAGAAGGAGGCUGGUGGGAAGGCACAUUAAAUGGGAAAACAGGCUGGUUCCCUAGUAAUUAUGUCCGAGAAAUUAAAUCCAGUGAGAGACCUCUCUCCCCCAAGGCUGUCAAAGGAUUUGAAACUGUUCCACUUACCAAGAACUAUUAUAGUGUGGUCUUACAGAACAUCUUGGAUACCGAAAAAGAAUACGCUAAAGAACUUCACUCUCUUCUUGUUACCUACUUGAGACCCUUGCAAUCCAAUAACAACCUGAGUACUGUGGAAUUUACAUCUUUACUGGGAAACUUUGAGGAAAUAUGCACAUUUCAACAGACACUUUGCCAAGCACUGGAAGAAUGUUCAAAGUUUCCAGAAAACCAACACAAAGUAGGAGGUUGUCUACUGAGUCUCAUGCCUCAUUUUAAAUCUAUGUAUCUGGCUUACUGUGCGAACCACCCUUCAGCUGUAAAUGUGCUCACUCAACACAGUGAUGAUCUGGAAAAAUUUAUGGAAAAUCAAGGUGCCUCUAGCCCAGGAAUUCUCAUUUUGACAACAAGCCUCAGCAAACCAUUCAUGCGACUGGAAAAGUAUGUUACUCUCUUGCAAGAGCUGGAACGGCAUAUGGAGGACACUCAUCCGGAUCAUCCAGAUAUUCUGAAAGCAAUCAUAGCAUUCAAAACUCUGAUGGGUCAGUGCCAAGAUCUGAGAAAGAGAAAACAGCUGGAGUUGCAGAUACUUUCAGAACCUAUCCAGGCAUGGGAAGGGGAGGAUAUUAAAACCUUGGGCAACGUGGUUUUUAUGUCACAAGUAAUGGUGCAGUAUGGAACAUGUGAGGAGAAAGAGGAGCGUUACCUUAUGUUGUUUUCACAUAUCUUGAUAAUGUUAUCUGCAAGUCCUCGGAUGAGUGGUUUCAUCUACCAGGGAAAAAUACCAAUAGCAGGAAUGGUGGUGACUAGAUUAGAUGACAUUGAAGGGAAUGACUAUACAUUUGAAAUCACAGGUAACACAAUCGAGCGAAUCGUGGUCCACUGCAACAACAACCACGACUUCCAGGAGUGGCUGGAGCAGCUGAACAGACUGAUCAGAGGGCCUGCUUCUAGCAGCUCGUUAUCCAAAACCUCCUCGUCGUCAUGUAGUGCUCAUUCUUCUUUUAGCUCUACUGGACAGCCCCGAGGACCCCUGGAGCCUCCUCAAAUUGUAAAACCGUGGAGUUUAAGUUGUCUGCGACCUGCACCUCCACUUAGACCAUCAGCAGCGCUAGGUUAUAAAGAGAGGAUGUCUUAUAUCUUAAAGGAGUCCAGUAAGAGCCCCAAAACCAUGAAGAAGUUUCUUCACAAAAGAAAGACGGAGAGAAAACCAUCCGAGGAGGAAUAUGUGAUUAGGAAAAGUACAGCUGCCCUGGAAGAGGACGCUCAGAUUCUGAAAGUGAUCGAAGCCUACUGCACCAGUGCCAAUUUCCAACAAGGCCAUAGCUCAAGUGCCCGCAAAGAUUCAGUCCCACAGGUCUUACUGCCUGAAGAAGAGAAACUCAUCAUUGAAGAAACCAGAAGCAAUGGACAGACCAUCAUGGAGGAAAAGAGUCUCGUUGACACUGUUUAUGCCUUGAAGGAUGAGGUCAAGGAACUGAAACAGGAGAAUAAAAGAAUGAAGCAAUGUCUGGAAGAAGAACUGAAGUCCAGAAGGGACCUAGAAAAGCUGGUCCGCAGACUGUUGAAGCAAACAGAUGAGUGCAUGCGAGCUGAAUCCAGUAGCAAGACCUCCAUUCUUCCAUAACCAUCACUGUGCCGCUGGGCAGAGAGUGCCUUUAGGGCAUCUUGAAAUGUCCCGCAGAAUAAUUGACUUCACUCGCUCACUUCUGUGGCUUCUGUUUUGUGUUUGAGGCUCUCAUUCUCUUUUUCUCUCUCCCUGCCUCUGUGUGUGUGUGUGUGUGUGUGUGUGUGUGUGUGUGUGUACUUAGGGUCUGUUUGGCUAUUGGUUGGUUGUUCAUUGUUUUCAAAGGGGGAAAAAGCAGGAGGUAGUGGUAGAAGUGUCCCCAGAACCUUUUCCAUUCAGUAAGAAAAAGAAAGGGAAUGCCUGCAGAUGACCUAAAAGGUCUUCAGAUGGCUAUGGCCUAGGGGUCACAUUCUUAGGGCUGCCUGCUGUCCCAAAACAGCUGGCCACACUUAUUAAAUGUGAACCCAGUUUUCCCACCAAUGCUUUCCUGUACCUGUAAGGUCCUCAGUGCCUAAUUUUUAGAAGGCAAAGCUUCCUGAGCUGUGAAGCGAGUAGGGUGAAAGACGAACUCAUUGGCCCAGUGAUCCAGCUGCCCUUCCCUGGCCCAUCACACACCAUCCCUCAAUCAUACUUUUUUGUUGGUUACUGCCAUAUGUUGUGAAUAAGACCAAAAAAACUGUAGUACCCUUAUUCCUGUUGUGUUGGUGUCCAUUGUAACUCAGUGGGGCAGAAACUUGGGUCAUCGUGCCAACACCAAAUCCAUCAGAAAAUCGUUUGGGACAAUCUUCCCCUUCAGCAGCAGAGUUGAGCAUCUCUUCCCAGUGCACAGUAGGUUUUCCCCCUAGCCUUCUGCCUAGUGGGUACAUUUUCUAUUUCUCCAGUGCUUUUAGCCAACUGUACCAAGUGGUGUGUGAACUAGUUAUGUAUGGGCUUUGCUAAUUUUAUAAAAAGUAGUUAGACUGUGAAGAGUCGCUUUAUCUCCAUUGCAUAUUCAAAGCUUUUGUCCCUCAAAAGAAUCUGCAGCGAGGAGAUAUGAAGCCCUAGUAGGCGACUUUUAUUCAUUUUCUCGCUCGCUCAUGUAUGCUGUGAGAAGUGGUAAUGAUCAUCGGCCUCUUUGAGUAGGACUCAGCCUUACUUACAGACACAUGCUAUUGGUUCAGUGUGUAUAUCCAGGACAAAAGGGCUCCUCUAGUAGCUGUGUGCUGGUCACUAGUGAAGCUAACUAUUUGGAGCUGGUUUACUCAGGUUGUUCAUUAAAUCAAAGCAUCAAAUUUGCAAGUAUCCCAGAAACUGAAACUGUGAGAAACGGGCUCCAGAAGAGAGUCAGAGAAGAAGAGCACACAUCCAGAUCCAGUGCGACUGGAAAUCAGCCCCAGGCCCUGGGACGGAGCAGUGCAGCCCGCCCCGUCCUCCCCUACAGACAAGGGAAGGUCAUUGGAAGAGAGAUCAAGGGUCAAAGGGCUGAUCAAAGUUGUCUUCCCCAUACAUUUGAUUGGUGCCUGUCAAUGUGGGUUUUACAAAAGUUUAGAAACCAAACUUGAAGCUUGAAACUCCCAGCCUGCUGAGGGGCCCUUUUUCCUUCUGGUACUGAGGGUCUCAAGGUCCUAUAGCUACAUGGUACGGGGCUGCUGUUUGCUUUUUGCACAGCAGAAAUGACAUGAUCCAGAGGAAAUGGACUAUAUCUGCAUCCCCCAUCAGCCAAGCACUCACAGCUGUCACUGGAAGCUGCAGAGUAAAGAUUUCUAGGAAUGGCUGUUGUUCUGUUUUCAAGCAUAGCGGUUUAGAUAUGACAUUCUUCACUUAAAAAUUAAAAGCCCCAUCCCCUCUGCCACCAAUAAUAACACCAACAUAAGUCUCCUCAUCUGCCCAUGUCUGUGGUUAGUCAAUGGCUUGCAAUUAAUGUGCAAACUAUAUCCGUAGGAAACAUUUUUGUGAUUACAAAAUACUCUAGUUGAUUGCUGAAAUUAUUGAAGGGUCUUUAUUUUAAAGUGAUGUGUACAUAUGCAUGGGACCUGGCCCUUCUGAUGAGAGGCCCUCAGUACUCUGGGUAAUGAAGCUUGUGCAGAGUGGUAUCCAUGCUUACAUACUAAACAAUAAUAUAAAGGAAACGAAGCCAUGUUAACCUGAGAGCAGUGUCUCCAUAGUUGUGUUGUUUACAGUACUCUACAAAUGGGUUCCUGUUACCCUGUAAUUAAUCUGCUGCCCUUAGAGGCCUUUCAGUUCCUUUUCUGUCAUGCCCCUUCUUACACAAGCUCAAAUUUUCUAACUUGUUUUGAUUUUGGAGACUUUUAAAAUUGACAUUUUCAAUACAUAAUAAACAGUGCUUUAUAAAAAU